CUCUUCGCCUGAGGUGCCCGACGGGUUCAGUCCGCGGGUCCUGCCGCGGUUCGCCCCGGGCCCCGGGCGUGAAAGCCCGUGGUAACCUCGUCGCGGCAGCUGAGCUACUCUUACAGGUGUUUUACCCAGUGCUUGCAGCUUUAAGUUGCGAUUUUAGGCAACGGGUGUGGUAGGUAGCGGCUCCUUGAUGCCGCAUUAACAGCUGAAAAAGCGCCCCGAUCCGCUGACUUCACUAUGUAUAGGACCAGUUUUGAGUGUGUGAAUUUUUGAGUGAAACCUGGAACCCAAAUGAGAAGAAAUCUGCAAGGAAUAACUACUGACAGUGAAUCUGCAGAGUCAUCUGUAUGCAUAAUAUGGAAUGUUCUUAACCCAGAAGUAGCUGAAUGUGUUACUCCAUUGAUGAGGAGUGACUAUCUGUUAUAGUCCGUGGGUCAAGACAACAAUUUUUAUACCUUCGUCGUGGUUCAGAAAGGAGUCUCUGUAGAACCAGAAGCAAAGAAAGGAAACAAUCCAAAUUUUUCUUUAUUAAAUUGACUGUGUAGGAUACUUGACUUCCAGGAACAAAAACACGGUGAAAUAAUAAAAUUUCAUCUUGGCAUCACUGGACAUCAUCGUAUUGAGGAGCGUAUUUUGUGGAACUGCCUGAGUUGAGAUUUGGAACCUUCAUUGGUGCUCAUUUAUACUGUGGACUGUAAGCAUGAGUGAAUUCUGGUUGUGUUUCAACUGCUGUAUUGCAGAACAGCCUCAGCCUAAAAGGCGACGGCGGAUUGACAGAAGUAUGAUUGGAGAGCCCACAAACUUUGUGCAUACGGCUCAUGUUGGAUCGGGAGACCUGUUCAGUGGAAUGAAUUCAGUUAGCUCCAUUCAGAACCAAAUGCAGUCCAAGGGAGGUUAUGGAGGUGGAAUGCCUGCCAAUGUGCAGAUGCAGCUCGUGGAUACGAAGGCGGGAUAGCCCUGGUCCUUUCUUCAGGUUAUUGUGAAUUUCUAUAUUUUCUCUGUCCACUAUUCUGUAAUUUUUUUUUUGUCCUGUGAUUGCGUUUCUUUUAUUUUGAAUUACAAAAAAGAAGUGUGAUGGCACCUUGUCCACCCUGUUGUGAUUAUUCCAGUGAGAUGUUACUGUUCUGCUCUGAAGAAGAUACUGUCAGAUGAAUCCUGCAUUUCCUUCAGCUGGCAUGCAUGCCUUUGGACUCAUGGACAGAGUUCUUUGGAUUGUCACUGAAUUUUCAAUGUUUAAUCAGUAUGGAUCUGAUCUUCGCAUGAUCUUUUUUGUGAAUGCUAACACCAUUUUGCAGCUUUUUUUUUUCUAUUUUAAACAUUUUUCUUUUCACUGCCUUACGAUUUUAUUGGAAAGCAAGGACCUGCUAUUAUUUGUUAAUUUGCCAUCAUUUAUGUAUAUUUUGGAAGGUAUGAGACCCACAAGCACAAUGAUCAUUUUUAUUUGUUUGAAACUUCAGCAGAAUAGAUAUCUGCAUGCUUUAUGAAGUUGCUUCGGUAAGAGCCCAUGGGAUGCCAGAAACUAACAUUUCAUUUCUUUGCUGCCAUGGGCUGAUGAUGCUGCUAUUAGAUAAAGUUUAGCUGUGGCACCAAGUCACAUCAUUUUCAUAGAAAAAGAUUACUUGUAGCUUAUUUUAGAAGUAUGACCUUUUGGUCUAUUUGAUUAGAAUUGCAAUAAAAGAAAAGCUUGCAUUCAUAAGGCAUUCAUUCUGUUGUAAAUGUUCAAUAUAUUUAUUUUGAGAGCAAGGACCUGUGGUUGUAAACAGGUGUGGUUAUGUAUCUGAGUGUUGUGGUCAUACUCUUAUCCAGUCCGAUCCUGAGCAUCUUCAUCUUAUUAGCUGUUCGUUUCUUUGGGUACUCAUUCUUUUAUUUUUACUUUUUAAUGUUAUGGUAUCCAGUUGUUUCCAGUAGCAAUUUCUUCAACUUCUGGCCUGUACUACUAACUGCAGACUCCAGAGUCACUGGCCUUUCUGUGCUCUACAUAUUUUAGGGGCCACAUCAGUUGCCAAGAGCAACAUACAUAUCGACUUGGCUGAAUUAUUGCCAGUGAAAACAACCUGUACGAAGCCUUUGCUCAGGUUCUAAAAUAUGUUUGUCCUUGCACAAAUUUUGUAUAUUUCAAAUAUUUCUGUAAAGGUUUCUUCUUUUCUGUUAGAGGGUGGUGUUAAGCCAGAGUCAGUGGUUUGUGUUCUCAUUAAAAUGUUUAAAUCCUCUGUCCAAUUCAAGCCUAUCUAUCUAACUACAUUUGGUAGGAUUAACAUUUCAUGUAACAAAUGGGGCUUAAUUAAAAACUUUAGAUAACUUUGAAUAAAGGAACAGGGAUCACUUUAUCUUCUGCCUUCAUUUACGUUAGUCCCAGAUUCUUGCAAAACAGGCAACUGAACAAACAUUAGGUUUAUGUAGGUAAAAUGUGAAAGCAUUUCUCCUCCACUUUUUGAAAUUUAAUUUAACCAGUACAGCGGGGCACCAGAUUACUUGAUCUUUGUAUUUUGCAGUUUUGAGCCUUUGUCUCAAUCCCAAGCACAUUUGCAGUUUGUUUAAUAACUUCUAAAGUUGAAUUCAUCCAUUGUCACUGAUUGACCAAGUGGAUGUCGCAUUGUGGAAUUUGCCUGAGUACUGUUGUCAUUCUGUUCAGCCAGGCACGGUCAGUUUCUUGGCCAGGGACAUUGCUGUGUGCAAGCUCUUUAGAAGAGAGAUUGGAUUUUCUUGGCAUUAUCAGCACUCAUGCUAUUUAGUCUACUUCUAUUUUGACUGACUCUUUAAAUUAGUAAAAUUUUUCUACUUGUCAUUAUAACUCUUGGAACAACAACAAUACGGGAAGCUGUGAUCCUUUUCCCUGACUCAUGAUUUUAUUCUUUUUCCAAAUCGCCGGUUUUUUGUUUUUUUUUUUUUUGCUGCUCCAACGACCAGCGUGUGUUGGAGCAGAUCUCCAUGGUAAGCCAAAAGUGGACUUGUCACCCUAUAACUACUCUGCAGCUGUCACUAACUCACUCUACAGGCACAGUAACUACACUUUAUGCAGGAGCACAUGCCAAAGUGCCUGGGAGGUGCCAAUAAAAUCAAGAAAUAAGAAAACUACAAAAAAAGAUACAGUAUUAACCUUGGACAUAAUUUUUUUUUUUUUUUAGGGAGGCAGCUUUCCUACAUUUAAAAUGGGGUUGUAAAUCUCAAGAGGUCAUUUGUUCCCCAUAGCAGCAUAUCUCAUUUUUAAAUUGAAGCUAAUUAAAUAGGAUUUUACUACUCAACAUUCAUUAUACUGUUAAUCUUUGCUGAAAUAUAUGCUAACAUGUUAAGCAAGGGAAACUGAAGACUGAGUGAGUCACAUGGAUUCUGUUAGCAGUGAUCUGAAACUGAAGACUGAGUCACAUGGAUUCUGUUAGCAGUGAUCUGCAGUCUGUAAAAGAGGUACUUUCCCAUGAUGUAGGCAUGAAGUGGUGCCAAUAAGCAUAGAGCGGAAAUGUUGACUUUAGUUAACAUUGGGUUUAGCAUUUCCAGUGCAGCAUUAUCAGUGGACCUUUAAAAAUACUUCGUGAUUACAUUAGCUUUCACUUUGUUGUUAAAUUAUAGCAGACUCAUUAUAGAGAACAAGUUUGCCUUGAUUUUGUUUAAAAUGACUUCUGCUAAGCACCCAGAAGAUAAAAUUGACAUAUUUUUAUAAUAUAAGCAUACUUUUUUUGUACAUUGUGUUCAUUCUUGAAUAAAAUGAGUUCUGUGUUGGCUUGUAGAUAUUAAAAAGAAAGUAUUGAUUUUGAUUCAAUAAAUGUUUUCUUUCAA